AUGAACAAAAACGGAACAGCUAAAAUGAAUGAUAAUCAAAUUAGAGCAGAAGGUAGAAGGUUAUUUAAACGCUUCUAUAACAUUCCUGAUGGUGUUAAUCCUAAAACUCGUAGAAGCUAUUUAAAUGAAGCAAUAGAUGCAUAUGAAGGGUUUGACAUUUCAUCAGAAAGUGAGAGAUUAGCAAGAAUGUUAAAUGUUAAUAUUGAUUUCUAUUAUUGUGAUCCUCAACCAGAAGACGUGGACAUAAAUAAGGUAGACUUUCCAUUAGUGGAAUCAAUAAUGAUAGAUCCAGAAUUUAAAACAGUAAAUAUUUUAUUAACACAGAGUCCAUGUGGAAAACUUCACGCUGACAGAAUAACAGACGUUGAAGCACUCACUGGCUAUAAAGUUUGUCCAUAUUGUAAAGAAGAAGUUUAUUCUAUCCGCGAUGAUCCAGAAAGGAAAAACCAAAGAAGAUUUUUAAAGCAUUGUGAGAAAUGUAAAGAAAAUAAUGGGAGAUUAAUUCAAGACGUUCAGUUGCAAAAGACACAGCAACCAUAUACACCACAUAUUACGAAACAGAAGAUAUAUCAGUGGUUAUUAGCUCAUAAUUUGCAGGAAUAUUAUCAACCGACAAGAUAUUAUAUUACUUUUGACUUUGAAACAUUAGAGACUAAAGAAGAAUUACAACUUUCUGAGUGUGCAACUUUGAACGCUUACUUAAAACCAUUCAUGGUAUCAUCAACGGUUAAAUUAAAUGAUAAAACGUAUACGAGGAAUUUUUGCUUAACUUCGAGUGAUUCUUUUAUUUCUGAUUGGAUUGAGUUUUUAUUUUCAACCUGUUCAUUAGUUGUUGAAUCAAAUAUUGAACAAUAUGAAGAAUUAAUGAAGUCUCAUACAUUAAAUGA